CCCCCCUCUCCGGGGGCGCGCGGGGCCGGGCCGGGCGGGCCGUGGCGGGUGCGUGUCCGCCUCCGUGUCCGCGUCGCGCGCCGCGGCGGCGGUUGGGCAGCGCGCGAGGGCGGCGGCCGGCAGAGCCCGUUCGGCCCCUUCCCCGCCCCCCGCCUCGCCUCCGUCCCCCCGCGCCGCGGCGGAGCGCAGCGCAGCGCAGGGCAGCGCAGCGGAGCGGCCCGGCGGCUCCCGGAGCCCCCUCGGCGGCGGCGGGCUGAGGGAUGCGCCGCGCCCCGGCGCCCAGUGUUGAUAACAUGAUGACAUGACCGCCCUGACUACGCAGUGCGGGUACUGAUGGGAAAGGAUCCAAUAUGAGUGUAAAUGAUGUUGGAGGCAGACGACGCUUUGAGGAUAGCGAGUACACGUUGCACAUAUACCCUGGGAGCAUUGCCGAAGGGACUAUCUACUGCCCCAUUACUGCCAGGAAAACUUCAACGGCGGCCGAGGUGAUCGAUUCGCUCAUUAAUAAACUUCAGCUAGAGAAAACAAAAUGUUAUGUCCUUGCGGAAGUGAAAGAGUUUGGGGGGGAGGAAUGGAUCCUCAACCCCACGGACUGUCCGGUCCAGCGCAUGAUGCUGUGGCCUCGCAUGGCCCUCGAGAACCGGAUAAGUGGAGAGGAUUAUCGCUUCCUUCUGAGGGAGAAGAACCUCGAUGGGUCUAUUCACUAUGGCAGCCUCCAGUCUUGGCUGCGGGUGACGGAGGAGCGCCGCAGGAUGGUGGAGCGUGGCUUCCUUCCCCAGCCGCAGCAGAAGGACUAUGACGACUUGUGCAGCCUACCAGACUUAAACGAGAAAACGCUCUUGGAAAACCUCAGAAACCGCUUUAAGCAAGAAAAAAUUUACACCUAUGUAGGCAGCAUUCUAAUAGUUAUUAAUCCGUUCAAGUUUCUACCUAUUUAUAAUCCUAAAUAUGUUAAAAUGUAUGAUAACCAUCAGCUGGGAAAGCUGGAGCCCCAUAUUUAUGCUGUGGCGGACGUGGCCUACCAUGCUAUGCUUCAGCGGAGGAAGAACCAGUGCAUCGUGAUUUCAGGAGAAAGUGGGUCAGGAAAAACACAGAGCACAAACUUUCUGAUUCAUCACCUCACUGCCCUCAGCCAGAAAGGAUUUGCUAGUGGAGUAGAACAGAUUAUUCUUGGAGCUGGACCAGUGCUUGAGGCUUUCGGAAACGCAAAAACGGCACAUAACAACAACUCAAGCCGCUUUGGCAAAUUUAUUCAAGUGAAUUAUCAGGAGACGGGCACUGUGCGUGGAGCUUAUGUUGAAAAGUAUCUCCUGGAGAAAUCCAGACUGGUCUAUCAGGAACACAAUGAACGGAACUACCAUGUAUUUUAUUACCUCCUGGCAGGAGCGAGCGAGGAAGAAAGAUCAGCUUUUCAUCUUAAGCAGCCUGAGGAGUACCAUUACCUCAACCAGCUGACGCGGAGACCCCGCAGACAGAGCUGGGAGGACUAUUGCUGCGACGCGGAGCCGGACUGUUUCUCCGUUGAAGGGGAGGACUUGAAGCAUGACUUUGAGCGCUUGCAGCUAGCCAUGGAGAUGGUGGGGUUUCUUCCCAAGACUCGCAGACAAAUAUUUUCUCUCUUGUCUGCAAUACUACAUCUGGGUAACAUCCGUUACAAAAAGAAAACGUAUCGGGAUGACUCCAUAGAUAUCUGUAACCCUGAAGUACUACCUAUUGUCUCAGACCUGCUGGAGGUGAAAGAAGAGAUGCUGUUUGAGGCCCUGGUUACCAGAAAGACAGUGACAGUAGGAGAAAAGCUCAUCUUACCAUACAAACUGGCAGAGGCUGUGACUGUGCGAAAUUCCAUGGCUAAAUCGUUGUACAGUGCCCUGUUUGACUGGAUAGUUUUUAGAAUUAACCAUGCACUUCUGAAUUCAAAGGAUAUGGAGGAAAACACCAAGACUUUAUCCAUUGGAGUACUUGAUAUUUUUGGCUUUGAAGAUUACGAAAAUAACAGUUUCGAGCAGUUCUGCAUUAACUUUGCCAAUGAGCGCUUACAGCACUACUUUAACCAACACAUCUUUAAGCUUGAGCAGGAGGAAUAUAGAGCAGAAGGGAUUAGCUGGCACAACAUAGACUACAUAGACAACUCCGGCUGCAUAAACCUCAUCAGCAAGAAGCCAACAGGCCUGCUCCAUCUGCUGGAUGAGGAGAGCAAUUUUCCCCAAGCCACAAACCAGACGCUGCUGGACAAGUUCAAGCGGCAGCACGAAGGGAACUCCUACAUCGAGUUUCCAGCAGUCAUGGAACCGGCUUUCAUCAUCAAACACUAUGCGGGCAAAGUGAAAUACGGAGUGAAGGAUUUCCGCGAGAAAAACACAGAUCAUAUGCGGCCAGACAUAGUCGCUCUCCUGCGAAGCAGCAAAAACGCCUUCAUCUGUGGGAUGAUAGGGAUCGAUCCGGUGGCCGUGUUCCGCUGGGCCGUCCUCAGGGCGUUUUUCAGGGCUGUGGUUGCUUUUAGGGAGGCCGGAAAACGAUACGUCGAGAAGAAAACCGGGCAUGAUGAUGCAGUGCCAUGUGCGGUUUUGAAAAGUGUGGAUAGUUUUAGCUUUCUCCAUCACCCAGUCCAUCAGAGGAGCUUAGAGAUCCUGCAGAGAUGCAAGGAGGAGAAGUACAGUAUUACUCGGAAGAGCCCACGAACGCCCCUUUCAGACCUUCAGGGAGUUAAUACCAUCAACGAGAGAACCCAGCGUGAUGCCUACGGAGUCGGCUGGAACGGCAGGAUGGGGCUUCGGCACAGCAGACUCUCCAGCCCGAGCUCCUUCCUAGACAAAGAUGGGAUAUUCGUUAAUUCGACCAACAGCAAGCUGCUGGAAAGGGCCCAUGGCAUUCUCAUGCGAAAUAAGAACUUCAAAGCCAAACCCAGUCUCCCAAAGCAUAUGCUAGACGUGAAAUCCCUCAAGCACCUGACUAACCUGACGCUGCACGAUCGCAUUACCAAAUCUCUGCUCCAUCUCCACAAGAAGAAAAAACCACCCAGCAUCAGUGCCCAGUUCCAGGCAUCGCUCAACAAGCUGAUGGAGACUCUUGGGCAGGCAGAACCUUAUUUUGUCAAGUGCAUUCGCUCUAAUGCUGAGAAGCUCCCGCUGCGGUUCAGCGAUAGCCUGGUGCUUAGGCAGCUGCGGUACACAGGAAUGCUGGAGACUGUUCGGAUUCGCCAGUCAGGAUACAGCUGCAAAUACUCCUUCCAGGAUUUUGUCAACCAUUUCCAUGUCCUUCUGCCACAAGGAAUCAGCCCAUCCAAGCACAAUAUCCAUGAUUUCUUCAGGAAAAUAAAACUCAGUCCGGACAAUUAUCAAGUUGGAAGAACAAUGGUUUUUGUGAAAGAGCGGGAGCGUCAGCUCUUGCAGGACUUGCUCCACCAAGAGGUGCUCCGGAGGAUCACCCUGCUGCAGCGCUGGUUCCGCACUAUGCUCUGCAGGCGGCAGUUCCUCAGCUUACGGCAAGCAGCGAUCAUCAUACAGCGAUACUGGCGUAGCUAUCGGAGUCGAAAGCAAGGCGAACCAGCCCCGGACUCUCUCGUUCGCAGCAAAGCAGCGGUCGUUCUCCAGACCCGCUGGCGGGGCUUCGUAGAGAGACGAAGGUUUCUGCAGAUGCAGUUUGCGGCCCACCUCAUCCAGAGCUGCUGGCGGGAGUACGCGAAGCGGCGCCACGAGGCAGCCACCAGCAUCCAGGCAGCCUGGCGAGGGCACUGCGCAAAGCGCUUCUACCGAGUCGGCAGAAACAGCGUCAUCUGUUUGCAAGCAGCCUGCAGGGGAUAUUUAGCGCGACAAAGGUUCAGAGCUUUAAAAGAGCAGAGAUUAAAAGAGAGACAGCUGGAGAAUGGCCUGUCAAUUAGAGAAGAGGAUGGACUGGAGGCAAAUGCUGCUUUGGAAAUUAAGGGCUCAGACCCAUCUAAGUGGGAGGACGGCUCAUUUGAAGAGAGAGUGAGAGCUAUAGAGGAACAUAAAUCACUGAUUGAGAAUAAUCGGCUGAAUCAUAUUGACCCAUUGGAUAGUACUGGAAAUUUAUUAUACAAAAGACAUGAGAGAACCAGUAGCCAAAGUGGUAUGGACACUGAAGAGGAAGUAGUUGUGAGAGAGAGACCCAAGUCGCUGGAGGAUCUCAACCAGAAAAAAGUGGUUCGUGCAAAAAGAGAAAGCCGGAGAAUGCGUGAAUUGGAACAGGCAAAAUUUAGCUUGGAAUUGCUUAAGGUCCGCUCCACUGGAGGGCUGUCGCCUUCAGAAGAGCGUCGGUGGUCCACAGAGCUUGUAUCUGAGGCACUUCAUUCCCCUCAGGGAACCCCAGAGAGUGAAAGCUCUCAAGGGAGCUUAGAGAUGUUAAGCUGUGAAGAUACCCCAAGUAAACUUGUUUCCUUAGUUUUAGAUGAGCAAGAUGUGCAGUUGUUUUCCACAGAGACCCAGGACUCUUUACCUAGCACUCCCCAGCCUCAUUUGCAGGACAAGUCUUUCUGCGCAGCAGACGUGAACAGCAAUUUACCCAGUUGCAAAAGGAGGCCUUCAGACUCCGAGUUACCAGAUAACCGUGCUACUAAGGAGCGUGAGGUCUGUGAUCCCCAGAAUGUUAUAAACAAGAUGCAUCCAAGAGAAACCUUCCUUUCUAGUAAUCUACCAACCUUCUACAUUCCACCCCAGGACAACUUGAAAGUAAAGCAGUCAUUGCUGGAGAAUAACCUGAGGAACAAACCAGCUGAAAGAGAAGAGAAAACAGUUACGUUCCCUGAGAUCAGGAAGGACUCUGAGUCCAACAAGCAAGACCAGGGCAAAACCUUGAUUGGGGAGGUAGGGGGAAAGGCUCCUACCAAAAGAGAGGAACAUGGGACAGCUGUUGGAACACAGACCCAUUCUCCAGACUCGGUAAUCAAGAGACUGGAAAAACUCAAUGUGGAGAAGGAAGAACGGCAAAAGCAGCUUCAGCUGCAAAAUGAGAGGGAGAUGAUGGAGCAGAUCCGCCAGCAGAAGGAAAUUCUAGAGAGACAACGCAAGGCUUUCGAGCAGCUUGAGAAACAAGGGAGAGUGGAGGCUUUGCAGAGGGCUGAGCCGAGCAGAAUCAGGGACCCUUCUCUCAAACCAUCAAAAAGACCAGACAUCCGGCCUCAGUCUGUCCUCAUCCUGCAUUCCCAGAGCAGAGGGGAGCACGGCCUGACCCCAGGUAUAACUGCAGCCUCCUCAGUAGAUAUUAAAGGUCUCACCGUUGGGAACAGAGGAAAUUCUCCAGCCCACAGCGCCCCAAAAGACAGACCUGUCAGCAUGUUCAUGGAGCGAAAGGAAGGUCAAUCCGGAACAGUGCUUGAGCCAGCCCGGACAGAGCGGCCCAACUCCAAACUGGCUCUGGACUCCAGGGAUUUCCUGGGCAGCCACCUUUCUCGGACAGAGCGCCUGAGGCAGCCCCGGAUGCCAAACCAGGCGGCCGAAGAGACAAGGGCGAGCGCUAUAUUCUUCACACCGAAGGAUAGUCCCUUUGGCCUCCACAGGGAAGCGAGUCCGCAGUGCCUUCCCAAAGGUGAACUAGCUAGGAAGCCGUUUAAGAUUCCCGGGUCUGGCAGAGGAGAGGUUGCCAGACCGACCCAUAAAAAGAAAGCCCGCAUGGCGCGGACGCGCUCCGAUUUCUUGACUAGAGGUACUUUUGCUGAUGGGGAGGGGGAUACGGAGGAAGAUGAUUACGAUGACAAUUUUGAGUUCCUUCUCUCCUCUGACCAACCUCCUCAUCCUGAGACAGGGCCUGCAGCCCGGCUCGGGCAGGCCUGUUACAGUGACUCCGAAAUGACCGUACAGCGAUUUGCAUCUGGUGAAGGCCAAACUAAGCUUCAUAAAACCAUGUCUCAGGGUGAGAUUGGGAAGUUGGCAGCUGCACAGAAGAACCUGGCUCCGGACGGGAGGCCUCAACGAGCCAAGAUGAGAUUCUGGGUGAAGGGGAAGCAGGGGGAAAAGAAGACGCCGAGGGAGAAGCUUGCCACCCAGUCUGAGCUGCUUGAGCUUUAUGCAGAGCAAGAAGCACCGAGCAGAGAGGUGAUUCCUGGCCUGCAGCUCGGGGAAGAAUUGGGUCCUCACCAUCUGACACCUCCACGGAGUCCAGAGCUGUCGGGACUCUACCGGAAAGAAUUUAAGGAGAACAAAGAGCCAUCUCCCAAAGUGAAGCGCAAGCGCAGUGUCAAGAUCAGCAAUGUGGCUCUGGAGCCCGUGCAAUGGCAGAACGACUCGCUGCAGAUCAUAACCAGCACUAGCGACUUGAAAAGCAUGGAUGAGUUUCUCCUGAAAAAGAUGAAUGAACUGGAUAACGAGGACAGUAAGAAGGACACUUUGGUGGAUGUCGUGUUCAAAAAAGCACUGAAGGAGUUCCGGCAAAACAUCUUCAGCUUUUACUCCUCGGCGUUAGCGGUGGAUGAUGGGAAGAGCAUCCGGUAUAAGGACCUGUACGCCUUGUUCGAGCAGAUUCUGGAGAAGACCAUGAGGCUUGAACAGAGGGACUGGAGUGAGUCUCCAGUUAAAGUCUGGGUCAAUACCUUCAAAGUCUUUCUGGAUGAAUAUAUGAUAGAGUACAAGCCCCUGGACUACACUGCAGUGAAGGUGCCAAAAACAGAGAGAAAAAAGAGAAGAAAAAAAGAAGCAGAUGUGGUGGAAGAGCACAACGGGCACAUUUUUAAGGCCACCCAGUACAGCAUCCCCACCUACUGUGAAUAUUGUUCCUCCUUGAUCUGGAUAAUGGACAGGGCUUCUGUUUGUAAAUUGUGUAAAUAUGCUUGUCACAAGAAGUGCUGUCUUAAAACCACGACCAAGUGCUCCAAAAAGUACGAUCCCGAGCUUUCGUCUCGGCAGUUUGGCGUGGAGCUCUCGCGGCUGACCAGCGAGGAGCGAGCGGUGCCGGUGCUGGUGGAGAAGCUUAUAAACUACAUUGAAAUGCAUGGGCUGUACACAGAGGGCAUCUACAGAAAAUCGGGCUCCACCAACAAGAUCAAGGAGCUGCGGCAAGGGCUCGAUACAGACAUUGACAACGUGAAUUUAGAUGACUACAACAUUCAUGUCAUUGCCAGCGUGUUCAAGCAGUGGCUCAGAGAUUUACCCAACCCUCUCAUGACCUUCGAACUGUACGAGGAGUUUCUGCGAGCUAUGGGCCUGCAGGAAAGAAAAGAGACAGUCCGGGGAGUGUAUUCGGUCAUCGACCAGCUGUCCCGCACCCAUCUCAGCACCCUGGAGCGCCUCAUCUUCCAUCUCGUGAGGAUUGCCCUCCAGGAAGAGACUAAUCGAAUGUCAGCUAAUGCCUUGGCGAUUGUAUUUGCUCCUUGUAUCCUCCGCUGCCCUGAUACGACAGACCCGCUGCAGAGCGUUCAGGACAUCAGUAAAACGACCACUUGCGUAGAAUUAAUCGUCAUAGAGCAGAUGAACAAAUACAAGGCUCGUCUCAAGGACAUCAACAGCCUGGAGUUUGCUGAGAACAAAGCAAAGAGCCGGCUGUCUUUGAUCCGCAGAUCAAUGAAACCUGUACUAAUUGCAGUUAGAUUUAUGAGCAUAACCCGCAAUUCAAUCCCGGGCAAAGGACGCAUACGGCGCGGCACCUACCCCAGCCCCACGUCUCCGGUUGCGGUACGCUUACCCUCGGUGUCAGACGUCCCCGAGGAGACCAUGAGCAGCGAAGAGGCCAUGGAGAUGGAUGUCACGGAGCAGCAGCAAGCGGCCAUGCAGCAGGAGGAGAGGGUGCUGACCGAACAGAUCGAGAGCUUGCAGAAGGAGAAGGAGGAGCUGACAUUCGAGAUGCUAACGCUGGAGCCGCGCGCCUCCGACGAUGAAACUCUGGAGUCCGAAGCCUCUAUUGGGACCGCUGACAGCUCCGAAAAUUUGAACUUCGACUCCGAAGGAGCAAUCUCUGACCGUUCAGAGAGAAGUUUAGCCCUCGGCUCGCUGCGGCCCGUCAAGCCGGAGGCGCCGAGCCGGCUGCGGAGGCACCCGAGGAAGCAGCAGGACUCGGCGGAGUCGGCGGACUCGGCCCUUUCCUCCUCGUCGCAGUCGUCCACCUCCUGCCUGCCCCACCUGCCCCGCAAGCGCUUCCAGAUGUACUCCAAGUCGCCCUUCUACCGGGCGGGCGAGCCGGCCGAGCCCAAGGGCGGCCUUGACGGGCCACCGCGGGCGCCCGACGAGCGGCCCCAGUUCACCACCCGGGGGACCUUCAACCCCGAGAAGGGCAAGCAGAAGCUGAAGAACGUCAAGAACUCGCCGCAGAGAGCCAAAGAGCCGCCCGAGGCGGGCGCGGCGGCGGGCCGCCCGAGGAGCGCCGAGGCCGAGUGUGCCGCCACCCAGCAGCUGGUCCUUUUCGGCAGCAACGAGUUCAUGGUGUGAGCCCGGCGGCUCGCGCGUGCCGAGCGCUGGCGGCUCACCCGGGCCGUCUCCCACCUCUGUCGAGCCGCCCGCGCACCGUAGUUACUCACUAACGGCUCGGGCCGCCAGCCCGGCGUCGCCAGCGCUGGAGGGAAGGACUGACUCGUAUUAAAAAAAAGUCUUCUGAGGACGGUUUCAGCCGUGGCCUUAACUGUAACGUUUGGGAAAUCAAGCCCCCGCCAGGUUUCGGGCGCAGAGGUGAGGCGGGGGCUCCGCUCGGGCUCCCCGGUGAGCGCGGAGACGCCUGCCAACGCCGCCGAGGCGCUGCUCCCGCCUUCGCCCUGCCGCCGACAAGACUCCUUGGUUUGUGGUUUUUUGGUUGUUUUUCUUCCUCUUUUUUUUUGUGCUGGCUUGAAGCAGAAACUCUUCACGAGGAACCACAGCAGACCGAGCCCUUGCUCCCAAGCUAUUUGUAACGCACUCCCCGUCGGUGUCAGGUGAAAAUAAAACGCCGUCGUUUCCAUCCGAGCAAUCGGAGCAUGUCUCAAAGCACCAUCGCCCAAGCCCGCAGCGGAAAGAGCGGAUUGAUAUUUAUUUUUUAGGGGGAUUUUGUUGGUAGCGAUGAUCCGUCAGGGAAAGGGAAACAAAAAAAUCAACGCCACUGGUUAGCCCGAAGCCAAAUGUUCGUGCCGAAUCGCCGAUAGCCAUAGCUAGUCCCGCCGCGGAGGCGCAGAGCAGCGUCUGGGAUGGGAGGAAGCUUUAGGAAGCCAAGCUUAAAACACAGCUAGCCAUGCGUCGUGAGUCCGCCGUGCUGCCUGCCUGCCGUGGGACCGGCGACCCUUGCGAUCGCCCCAGCCCGGAGCGGCUCCCGCGCACAAGCCGUCUCUGCUCGCGGUGCGCCGGGAAAGCGCGAAGGAAAUCUGCCAAAAGUUACCUUCUCCAAUGUGACCUAACCAACUUUUUCUCACUUUCGAGACCAUCAGUAUUAAAUAAUAAUAAUAAUAAUAAUAAUAAUAAUAAUCAAGGACUACUUGAAGUUAUAUUUGUUUAUAUUCUGGUUACUGAAGUUUGUUGUAAAUAUAUUUUUUUAUACGUUCUUUUUUUUUUUUUUUAACUCAUUUUCCCCCCCCAGACAAAACGUUUUUGCCAGGGCAGAAAGCGGCUAGAGGGAAAAGCAGGGGAGACGGCAGGGAAAAGCUGCGUUUCUCGCCGGGGAGCUUAGCGACUCCUUUUGCUGUGACUAAUUAUCACUCCUAGCUAACGACUUGCAUCGUAAUCCCCCUGGCCCGGUGUCUUUCUCCGUCAGCACACGUGCUCGCUUGCGCCCGUAGCAGUUCUCCCGGAGCCCGCGGCGUCCGGUGGCGGAGCAGCACGGAAAGCAGGCGCCCGCUGUGCCCGCGCUUGCCGGGAGGAAGGAGAGAUUAGGAGCCCCGUGACGGAGCUGGAUUAAGAGCUGCUGGCCGUGACCUUCCCUGUAGGCCGGCUGGUCGGGCUUGAGCUGGGGGCUAGCUGCCCCGCUAGCUCCUUUCUUGCCCCAGCCCUGAAAAAUGAGGCAAAACCCUGGCGUUUCAGUCUUCCUGGAUAUCUCAUUAAUUUUGCCUCCGGCAGCUUGGGACUGCAGUUAUUCCACGACUGCUCCCCGGCCACGGCGCCGGGUUCGAGUGCCACCCACGCGGCUCGGGAAGGCGCCGACGGCAGGAGCCAGCUUCCCAGGAGCGGGUCCGCAGGCCCCAGCCCGGCUUUAGCGGCGGCUUCGGUUACUCUUCCCCCCACUCUUCCUGCCUGAACUGCCUUUUUUUUUUCCUUCUAUUUUUCGCAAUGAUAAAAAGAUGCUUUAAGCCAAGUUAAGAGCGGUGCCGGCACAGGAGCAGCUCUUGCUAUCUCUGCUCCGGCGCCUGUGGGUCUGAGCAUCCACCUCAACCGCUGAGAAGGUCCAUAGGCGUUUUACGGCCGGAUCGGGAACCAUCGGGAAGGCGGGUGGUGGUAAUGAAGGUGGAAAAUUCCCCGAAUCCUCCCGGAGGCGCCUGGGAAAGGGCCGGGAAGCACAGGUGAGUGGUGCUAAAGGGAAUAAACUCUUCGGAUGCAUGGCGUCCGCUUGCGAGGAGCCCAGGGAGCGGGGCCGUGCCGGGCCGUCUGCUGUCCCCGGCCCCUGCCGCAGCGGCGCUCAGAGCAGCAGGGUAGAAUAAGGGACUGUUUUUCCCCUUUUUGGUUGGAUGGAUGCCCCUAAAAAAAAAUACAUAUGAUUUUUUAAGGCUCUUUUUGCACCCUUGCGUAUUGCCCCGAAUUUCUGCAAACGCAGCUGCUCCAGGCGGGCGGAGCCGCGGCGGAGCUGAGGGCCGGGCGCGGGAGAGGGGGCGAGCGGGAGUGCUGGCUCGCUGCUCCUCGGCGGAGCAGGCUUAACUUGAGCACCAGCGCAGGUUUACGGAAGGCCAAAAGGGAAGGAGAAGUAGCAGCUCGCCGGGGCCGGGAGAGAGGGAGCAGCGCUGAGCACUUGCAGGAACAGCCGCAGCCUUCCGGACUUUGUCCUCCUUUCCCGGUUUCCCACCCAAGAGCUUUCAGCCAGAAACUUUCUCACCCAUUUUCCUUCCCCCUUAUGUUUUAUUUCCCUUUUUUUUUUUUUUUUCCUUUUUUUUCUUUCUUUGGAGGGAAUUGCGGGGGCGAAUCGGAUGGUUUUAGCAGGGCAACCUCGCGUUUCGUCCUUCCCGUCCACGGCGAGCCGGGUGCCUGGCUGCUCCCCGCGGGCAGUAGGCGCACGGUCAGGUUUUCGGAGAUGAUCCGCUCCUUGUACCAAGUGAAUGUACUUACUACUGGAAAGGACAUGGGCUGCGUAUGGUUAAUUAUUAUUUUUAAUGGAAAUUUUUUUAAGUAAUUUAUAAGUAUGCUGAGUGUAAAUUAAAGACAAAGUAUGUAUUGUAAGAGGAUAUAUUAUCCUGUGUCAUACUCUCUAUAAAUUUUACCUGUUUAAAAAAGGAAAAAAAAAUAAAAGCAUAAUUAUAUAAAGGAGAAUGAUUUAUCUUGCCCCCCCUUGCCCCCCAAGCCACGUGGGGGGGGCAGUUACACAGCCCGCCGGCAAGCUGUAAUGUCAUGUCCGCAGGUUCUCUUUGAUUUUUUUAAUUAAUGUUAUUUUCUUUCCUUCUGGAAUAAGGCCGUCAUAUGUAUAAAGUGCAAUUUGUGUAAUAUUUCUUAAGCGUAUGCUGUAUGGCUGUACAAAGCGACUCGAUGAACUGAUUAACCCCCAGCGUAUUAAAGAGCAAAGCUAUCACGAGGAA